AGACUCUUUGAGGCAAAUACCUAUUUUCAGACGUUAAAGAGUCCUGAUUAUAUGAAAUAAACAUGUCGAGCAAAGAUGUUGAGCUGAGCAGUGUUUCUGAUGUCAGAGCCGUCAUCCCACCCGAGCCCAAAAGAAAUGACUCGAAUUCGUCACCAUUACUCAUCUUCGUUCUCGUUGUGGGUCUAAUCGUUGGAUUCGUCGCUCUUGUCAUCGCUGCGAUAAGCCUUGGGCGAACAAGUGGUGGUGGUGGUGGUGGAAGUGACGAUCGAUCAGUACCUAAUAUUAUCAUCAAUCAGGAUGGUACAGGACAGGGAGACACUUCAGUCUCUAUUUCUGGAGAUAUUUGGACUUUUGCCAUUGGGCAUGACGGGACGAAUCUCGAAUACAUUGAUGAUCUUACUGGAACACUUCGUGGCUUCCAUGUUGAUAUCGUAGAUGCAGUUUGCGCAGCAGCAAAUAAGGAUUGUCGACUCAUCUGGGAUGUUUACGAGAAUUGUUGGGAUUCUGAAGCUGGUCAACGUUCUCGUGGUGGCUUUGGACUUAUGGCGCGCUGGUAUGAUGCCUGUACUGGAUGGUUUAAUACCUACAAGCGGGCUCUCACCGUGCAAUUCUCAGACGAGUUCCGCGUUGGUCUAAGUGGGAUCUUUUACGUCAGACCUUCCAAUCCAGGCGGUUUUAAUCCCACUAAUAUCCCAUCAAAUCAGAAAAUUGGUUUCUUGGAUGGUUGGGCGUCCGAUGAAUAUUGUUUGGCUCGUAACGCCGACGCAAUACAGGGUGUUCCACUUGCGCCUAGUCAAGUGAGGCAUUAUCCGACCAGGGAGGCUUUUAAAGCCGGGAUCAUCGCAAAUGAGGUGGCAGCAGGAUUUGCGAACACCAAUGUGCAUGCCGAUGAUCCUGAGCUGGAUACGGUUGGGCAGCCUAUCACUAACUGUAUUAAAGGAGGCGGUUCUAUAAUGUCUCGAUUGGAUAGCUCCCUCAACGUUUGGUGGAAUCCAGCUUUUGCAAGUAUCAAAAACACUGAAACCUACCGACAAAUCUGCGAGCGAGCUUCUACAAGCCAUGGACACACGCCCGGAGCCACAGGACCUGAUCUUUGUUUGAACUAAGAUGAAGAAACAAAUGCAUCUAAACCUACGCUUUCUUUUUUUGUCAAGAUUCAGUAUAAAGUAUUAAAUCAUGUGAUACCUUACUUUAUAGAAAUGUGUUUUUUUUAUGAGAAAAUCAAGAGAAAAUUUCAAUCAUGUUAUUUUACCACGUAUCAUAAAGAAGUAUAUGUAUUGUAAUGGUAUGGUGUAUGGUUUGGUAAUUCAAUGAGUCAAUUAAAAUUAUCGUUAUGCUGUCUUGUUUUGAUCAAUAUUUGAACGUAUUGAUUGAUAUUCAACAGCAAAUUAUGACCUCGUCUUCGUUAUGCAAAGAUUCUACAUACUAAAUUAAAACACAAAAUUGUCAUUGAUUUUUUUCUUUUAUUUUGUUUUUCUCAACUGGGAAAAAAUAUGGAAGAAAGAAUGGUAUUAUAAAUUAUUACCUGGGGCGUUGAAGUCUCAUGAACAGCGAAAUCAAUACUCUUGUGCAAAAUUUAUAUGCACAAAAUGUUGAUAAACCUUUAAAUUGGUUUCUAUUAUAUAUCCUAUUUCUGGUGAAUAAUCUGCAUUUUCUGUACAUUGUAGGUUUCAGUAGAUGCAGAAAAGAGUUUGUUGUUAGUAUUGUAGAAAUCUUAAAAACAGCUACACUGUAAAAAAAAUAUUGGGUAAGAUUUUAACCAGCACGAGGGUAAUUAUGUGUCCAACCAAUUUGGGACAGCAUUUUACCCAAUGCGGGAAGCACAUUGGCAAGUAAAAGGUCAAACAGUAAGCAGCAAUUACUUUCGAAUGGGCAAAAUUUUCAUCAUAUUGGAAAAAAUAAAAAUGCCGAAUGUUAGUUGGACACAUAAUUACCCUCAUGGAGCAUUUUUUACCCAAUAUCAUUUUGUUUAGAGUAUAUGUAUAUGGUUGAUGAUAUAGGGUGGUGAAGACACUACACUGAACUUGGAUUUUAAAGAGAGAAAAAAAGUGAGACCGCUGUUGAUCAAAGACUGCAAUAACUUAGCCAAGCUAGAACCACAUGGUAAAAAAUAUCCAGAUUGGGUUAAAUUUAGUUGAUCUCUUCAGCAGUCGGUACUCCUACUGAUGGAAAAAAAUCGUCAGAUCGAUUACUCGUUGCUGAAAUUGAUUAAGCCAUGUUUCCAUUGCUGAAUUGAUCGUGCCAGAUUGAAAUAUUCUCGACCGGUUUAUAUUCUACUCGGUAAUUUAGAACUGAACACUAUCUGCAAAAACAUUGUAAAUCUGAAAGAUAUCCUAUAUGUAAAUGAGAAUUACAGUCUAUAGAUCUAUUGGGAAGUCCAUUCAUGCCAAGCAUGGUUUUGAGAGACAUGUCAGGAUUACCCACCCUUUAUGCACAUUUUCCGAUUCUUUAUACCACUGAAUUUGAUUCUCCAUAUCUUCUAUAAGAAAAAAAAAGUUUUCCGCAUUAAUAAACGCAAGAACACAAUCAAUUCGACGUGCGCCUGGUGACGAAAAUUAUCUGCGUAACAUUAUCUGCGUAAACAUUGUAAAUCUGACAGAUAUCCUAUAUAGGUGUAUUGAUUGGGAAGUCCAUUCAUGCCAAGCAUGGAUUUGAGAGACGUGUCAUGAUUACCUACCCUUCUGCAUAUUCUCAGAUUCUUCAUACCACUGAAUUUGAUUCUCCUAAAGUUUUCCGCAUUAAUAUUAUAAAAACGCAAGAACACGAUAAAUUCGACGUGC